CUGAUAAUGGUUGCUCAGUCCAUUGGGUAGAUGUUUCACAACGUAUUUCACAAAGACUCUCUGUUUCUUUGAAUCCACGUGAUAGACGAUCCCUACAUCGGUUAUCACCACGCGACCUUAUUGGAAUGAAACAGUCUGAAGAACUCGAACAGGUAGAUACAGAACUGACUUCAGAAGGGACCAUCAUAGUAAAAUACCGGGAAAAAUUUAACGGAAUCCCUGUUUAUGAUGCUUAUGCUUCGAUUGAAACUGAUAAAACUACAAACGAAUAUACAGGACAGGCAGACGGCAAAUUACUCCACGAGAUUCCAGAUGAUAUAACGAAUAAUAAAAUUAUCUCUAAAAUUCGGGCAUUAGAAAUAGCAGUGGAAAAUGCCACCUUCUUCGAUAAAGAGGCUGUAAUUGAUAGCGAGAGAAUCAGAACAUAUAUUUACACUUUAGAUAACAGAGCAUUUUUAGUCUAUGAUGUUUCCUUUCGUUUGAAAAUAAACAAUCAAGUGUCAAUGCCUGGAUUUUUUAUUUCAGCAGAGACUGGACAGAUAAUUAAACAAAUACCUAAACUAAAAUCUUACAAUCUUAAAUCAGUCGGAGGUAAUAUAAAGACUGGAAAACAUAAAUACGGAGAAGAUAUGCCAUAUCUUCAAGUACAGAAAAACGGUAGCCAGUGUUCACUCCAGAACGAGGAUGUACGUGUGUUUCAUUUGCAUAACAAAUUUAACCAGCCAGAGUCACCUUUUACAUUUAAAUGUUCUGAUGGAUUUAAGGAUGUAGUGAACGAUGCCUAUUCUCCAUUAAGUGAUGUUUACUACUACAGUUCAAGGAUAUUUCAAAUGUUUAAGGACUGGAUACAUUUGCCCCCAGUAAGUAAGACACCAGUCAACUUUUUUGUACAUUAUGGAAAAAAUGAAACAGCUCACUUUGACCCGCAUGAGGUUGCUGUUGAGAUUGGUGACGGGAUUCCAUUUUUCCUUUAUCCGUACGCUGUUCUUGAUGUUAUCGGCCAUGAAAUUGGUCACGCAUUUACAGAUGAGCAUACAAAUUUGGAAUAUACAGGACAAUCAGGAGCCGUAUGUGAAUCAAUAUCUGAUAUCAUUGGUGAGGCAGCGGAAUGGUUCAUUACAAAAACUACGGAUUAUAUAGCCGGUGAUGGAAUCGUUGUCGAAAAAUGGGGUGCAAGAGAUUUAUGUGACCAGGACAAAGAUGGGCGUUCAAUUGUUCAUUUCAAAGACUACACUCCAGAUUUAAACGUCCACUAUUCUAGUGGCAUUUUUAAUAGAGUUGCUUGUGUUUUGAAGGACAAUUUAGAAUGGAAAGAAAUUUUUAUUUUAUUUACAUAUGCUAGUAGAUUUUAUUGGCAUGAAACUUCAGAUUUUAUUGAUGCUGGUUGUGGCCUUUUGAAGGCCGCUUACGAUCUCAGUUAUCAAUUGAUUUAUAUCGUUCAUGCUAUUUCUGAUGUUGGUAUAGAAAUUUGUAGUGUAGAAGAUCAUAUCCGUAUGAUCAGUGAACAUAUGGAGAUAAAAAACCUUAAACUGAACUCAGCAAAUAAUAUUCUAUUAUUUCGGCUAGAUUUUAGGAAAUUACAUAAAUUAUCUGGUUCAGAUGUAAAUAGAAUCCAAAUAAUGACGAUUGGGGGAGAAGGGGACGUUGAUAUGUAUGUCAGUACCUAUCAAACAUUAUCAAAGGAUGAUUAUGUUUAUCGUUCAAUUAGAAAAGGCAACACAGAACUCCUGUAUAUAGAAAGAAAGUCAAUGCUAUAUGGAUAUCUACAUUUGGUUCCCAAACAUUCAUCAUUUUCCGGGGUUACAUUGACAACAACUGCGCUCUGAUGUUGACCUUGCAUGUUUGUAAACAAUAAUUUUACAAUUGAUAUGCAUAUAGAAUUGAAAUGUGGCAUGAUGAAAUAAAUAACAUAAUCAUUUGUGCAUCCGGCAAAUUUUGUGUUUGUCUUUUGUUAUUAUGGGAAUAUAAAAUUAAAUUGUUA